CGUAAUCACUCGUCUGGAAAUUUACAUCACCACUCUAAAUUCUCAGUCAUACCACCAGUCUUUCGUUAUUUACAAUGGUUGCCACUUUAAAGAUCUCCACCUUAGUCGCCUUAGUCGCCACCAUCAACUCGGUGGCUGCCGCUCCUCCAGCCUGUUUGUUGGCUUGUGUUGCUCAGGUCCAAAAGAACUCCAAGUGUUCCGGUUUGAACGACUUGGACUGUAUCUGUUCCAACGAGGCCAGCAACAUCCAAAAGUGUUUGGACAGUGCCUGUCCUAACGACAAUGCCGACGCUGCCUACAGUGCCUUCAAGAGCUCGUGUGCCGCCCAAGGUAAGGCUGUUUCUUCCAGCUCUGCUAAGGCUUCCAGCUCUUCUUCUGCAUCCUCCAGCUCUGCUUCAGCCUCCAGCUCCGCCAAGGCUUCUAGCUCUGCUAAGGCAUCCAGCUCUGCUGCUCCAUCUUCCAGUGCUGAAGCUUCCAGCUCUGCUGCCGAGUCCAGCUCUGCUGUUGAAUCCAGCUCUGCUGUCGAAUCCAGCUCUGCUGCCGAAUCUUCCAGCUCUGUUGCUGAAUCCAGCUCUGCUGCUCCAUCCAGCGCUGCUUCUUCCGCUGCUUCUUCCGCUGCUUCUUCCGCCGCUUCUUCCGCUGCUCCAUCCAGCGCUGCUCCAAGCUCUGCCCCAUCCACCACCUUGCAAUCGUCCGUUUCUCAAGCUUCUUCCACCAGAGCUGAAACCUCGGUCCAAGCCCAACCAAGCAACGGUGCUAACAACGUCCAAUUGUCUUUUGGUGCUGCUUUGGCCGGUGUCAUCGCUUUGUUAUAAGUGUUAGAUCCUUAGACCUAGACCUAGACUCGUUUCUGGACGUCAAAGUCGAACCCCAUUUCUUCUUCAAAAUUUGCCAAGGCCUAGGCCCCAGUGCCAUGGCUCGUGAAGUCAC